UUGGAUCCUCUCCAGUCAGGCUGUUCUCUUUCCUGAAGUGUUGCUCCAAACCGAACCAGACUUCACAGAAACUUUCCCAGAGCCAACUGGAGGGAGAAGACUCCUCAACUGGUCUCAGUGGUGUCAGAAAGAUCAGUUUUCCCCUGAGCUCUUCUUCCCCACUCUGAGUUGUCUCAAGUACUUGUUCUUGACUCUGCUGCUGGUGUCCAUAUGAUUUGGUGUGGCUAUCCUCGUAAGCUAAAAAACAUGUCCAUCCAAGGCCUGAAGAAGAAGCAACCAAAGACUUUUAAAGUCAAAAUUAUAACAGUGGAUGCUGAGAUGGAGUUCAGCUGUGAGAUGAAGUGGAAAGGAAAGGACUUGUUUGAUCUGGUGUGCCGAGCACUUGGUUUAAGGGAGACUUGGUUCUUUGGCUUGCAGUACACAAUAAAAGGAAUGUGCACCUGGUUAAAGUUGGACAAAAAGGUUUUAGAUCAAGAAAUCCCCAAAGAAGAUCCCAUUAGCUUUCAUUUUUUGGCUAAAUUUUACCCAGAGAAGGUAGAAGAGGAACUAUUACAGGAAAUUACCCAGCAUUUAUUCUUCCUUCAGGUUAAGAAACAAAUACUGGAUGAGGAAAUCUAUUGUUCUCCAGAAGCAACAGUUUUACUGGCUUCUUAUGCUGUUCAGGCCAAGUAUGGUGACUACGACCCAAGUUUUCAUGAGCCAGGCUUUCUAGCACAUGAUGAACUUUUACCCAAAAGGGUCCUCAGGCAGUAUCAGCUGACAGCAGAGAUGUGGGAAGAAAAGAUUACUGCUUGGUAUGCUGAGCACAGGGGUAUUGCCAGGGAUGAAGCUGAGAUGAACUACCUGAAAAUUGCCCAAGACUUGGAAAUGUAUGGUGUCAAUUAUUUCCCAAUUGCUCAAAAUAAAAACCACACAGAUCUCCUGCUUGGAGUUGAUGCCAAAGGUAUCCACCUCUACAGCAUUAAUAACAGGUUCUCUCCAAAUAAGUCCUUUGAGUGGAGUGCUAUCAGAAACAUUUCCUAUACUGAGAAAGAGUUAAUUAUCAAACCUCUUGACAAAAAAGCAGAAGUCUUCAAGUUUUUUCCCUCUCAGCUCAAAGUGAACAAAUUGAUUUUCCACCUGUGCGUUGGCAACCACGACCUAUUUAUGAGGAGAAGAAAAGUGGACUCGGUAGAGAUCCAGCAAAUGAAAGCACAAGCCAGGGAGGAAAAAGCUAGGAAAAAGAUGGAGAAUCAAAGGCUGGCCAGGGAGAAGCAGCUCCGAGAAGAAGCGGAGCGAGCCAAAGAGGAGCUGGAAAGGCGUCUCUUCCAGCUGGAAGAUGAAGCCAGGCAGGCCAAUGAGGCCCUGAUCCGAUCUCAGGAAGCGGCAGAGCUGCUGGCUGAGAAAGCUCAGAUUGCAGAAGAGGAGGCAAAAUUGCUGGCCCAGAACGCUGCAGAGGCUGAACAAGAGCGCCAGAGGCUGGAGAUCACAGCUCUGAAAACCAAGGAGGAGAAGCGCCUGAUGGAGCAGAAGAUGCGGGAGGCAGAGCUGAUAGCAGUGAAGCUGGUGAAGGAAUCGGACCGGAGAGCCAAGGAAGCUGAGCAUCUGAAACAAGAUCUGCACGAAGCCAGAGAGGCUGAAAGGAAAGCAAAGCAGAAACUCUUAGACAUAACCAGGCUUAAUUAUCCUCACAUGGUCAAGUACCCACAGUACUCACCAACUGACAGCAGAGAUGCCAACUUUGACAAAGGAUCCAUAAAGCUGGAUUUGAAAGACAUUGACCUCAAGAGACUGUCCUUUGAGAUAGAGAGAGAGAGGCUGGACUACUUGGAAAAGAGCAGGAAAUUUGAAGAUCGACUGAAGGAGCUGAAGUCUGAGAUUUAUGCUUUGAAGCUAGAAGAAAAACAGUCUGGGCUUUACUCUCACUGGAAUGAAGUGCUGGGAUCUUUGGGUCGCUCCUCAGGGAAUACUCCUUCGUGGAUGAAACCCUUUGAAACUGGAGAGUCAUUGGAUAUAAAUCUUCAAAGACCUUUCCCUGCUUCCUCCUUAAGCACUGCAAGCAGCUGGCCUUGUACCAACAGAAUCCAGCACACCGUGCCAGUGGAUAAGUCAUCUUUUCAAGGAAAUCCUCUGCUUGCCAACAGUGUGGGCACAGGAGCCAGAAAACAGAUUAUAAAGGUUCAGCAGCAUGACUCAGAUGUGAUCUACAUUUGAAGCCUCUCAUUUCUUUACCUGCUGGCCAUCUUUUUGGCUGUUGCAACAGGGACCUAUCCAAGGACUCUUGUGCAGCUCUGUCUGCUGACAAGGCAUCAGCAGCACAAGAGAUGUGGCACUGCGGUUCGAGUGGUGCUGUCCAGCUUCUGAGCAGGUAACACAAACUGGGAGCACUGAAACUGCCAGUGCAAAACCAGCUGGUGUCUUUGGGUACAGUGCUAAAGGUACAAACCCAGGGGAGUAUUGUUUACUACUUAAGCACUUUGGAAGAAACACUUUGUACUUUGCUAACCCUUCCUCCCCCAGGUGUUUUUACACACUGCCCUGUUGCUGUGGUACUGUACUUCUGUGGAGGGGAUGUGAGGCAGCAAGUGUCCAGGAGAUGCUUGGGAGGAGCAAAAGAAAUGUACACAGCUUGAUAUUUACCUACACAAGAGACUAAAUAUGGUUUUGCUAUGGUCCAGGGGACAUGACUCCCACAGAGCUGCUCAACAUUGUAGUGUUUGCCUGCUAAAUAUUUUCCUUCUCCUCUCCAAACACUUCUUGCUUUGCUCAACUGAUUUGCAUUUCUCUGAGAAAUCUCAGCUUUUAAUUCCAGCUGCACCAGUGGACAUCUUCAAAUACCUUUCAUUCCUGAGGGAAUCCUUUGGAAUGCAAAGCUUCUGUCUGUGCCCUCUUUACACUUUCUCCCUAGACCAAGCACUUGCUGUUUCUCACCCUGCUCCAGCAAACUUUGCAUACAUUAACUUGGUUGCAGUUCUGUGUAACACAGCUCCCACGGUAGACAAAGACAAAAGAUGCAGUUGGUGUCUGCUAAAGUUGGACUGGUUGCUGAUGGAGAGGUGCAUGCAGCAAAAUGUUUGCCUCCUUAGUACAACCUACUUCCAUUUUCUGUCUGUUUUGCCAUGAAUCUUCAGCUCCAGGACUUCUGGGGAAGCAGACAAUAUGCAGCUGUAGCUAAAGUAGUAGCACAGCUGAGCCUGUGACAUGUCAUGUAAAAAUGGCUGUUUAUGUUGUUAAGUAUCUUGUUCUAAAAGCUAAGAUGAAA